GGCAGGGAGGGGCCCCGGGCUUAGUCCCGGCGCCGUACACAACGAACAUCCCAAUUACCGACUUCCCGGCAUCAGAGAGGCUAGUUCUGCUUGUGGGUUUGUCAGGAGCCUACCCCACGCAAAAACUACGGCCCGCAAACCAGUAGCCGCGAAGGCGCGCCCUGGCACGGUGCGCGCGCACUUUUCACACUCCGCUUCCGGCCCUGGGGCAACAUCGGUGCGCAUGUGCACACGCCCUGCCGCCUCCCCCGGGGACGUGGGGCCCGAGAGGCGGAGCCGAGUUGAGAUGCCUCAGCGAUGAGGUCACUCCUCGAGUAGUAGCGUGGUGUCCCCGCCCCUCGGCGUUCCCCAGCCCGUCGCCCCCCAAACGACUCCAGCACUAGGUUUUUAGUCGUCUACGUUUGCAGUCCUAACGGUCGCCGCGCGGCGCAGGUCUCAGCGCAAGCGCGUACUGACUCGCUCACACGCACGCACGCGCUCGGGGCGGUGGUUGGAGACUCCCCACGCAGUGGACUAGGGAUCGGGCGGGCAGGGCGAUGAGCGAGGCCGAGACGCCUUCCUUCGAAAUGACCUGGAGCAGCACGACGAGCAGUGGCUACUGCAGCCAGGAGGACUCGGACUCGGAGCUCGAGCAGUACUUCACGGCGCGGACCUCUCUGGUCCGCAGGCCGCGCCGGGACCAGGACGAGCCUGCACAGCGGGAGACACCUGAUCUUUCCCAGGCUGAGACUGAGCAGAAGAUCAAGGAUUACAAUGGCCAGAUCAACAGCAACCUCUUCAUGAGCCUGAACAAGGAUGGCUCCUACACAGGCUUCAUCAAGGUUCAGCUGAAACUGGUACGUCCUGUCUCAGUGCCUUCCAGCAAGAAACCACCUUCUUUACAGGACGCCCGGCGGGGCACAGGGCGGAGCACAGCUGUGAAGCGCCGCACCUCCUUUUACUUGCCUAAGGAUGCUAUUAAGCACUUGCAUGUUCUGUCACGAACACGGGCACGUGAGGUCAUUGAGGCCUUGCUGCGAAAAUUCAUGGUAGUGGAUGAUCCUCGCAAGUUUGCACUCUUUGAACGAACCGAACGUCAUGGCCAAGUGUACUUCCGGAAACUAUCAGAUGAUGAGCAGCCCUUGAAGCUACGGCUUCUUGCAGGGCCUAGUGAGAAGGCCCUGAGCUUUGUCCUGAAAGAGAAUGAUUCUGGAGAGGUGAAUUGGGAUGCCUUCAGCAUGCCUGAGCUGCACAAUUUCCUACGUAUCCUGCAGCGGGAAGAAGAGGAACACCUUCGACAGAUUCUGCAGAAGUAUUCUCGUUGCCGCCAGAAGAUUCAGGAAGCCUUGCAUGCUUGCCCUUUGGGGUGACCUUUCGUUUCCCUGGGUAGCAGGAGGAAAAUAGGCAAUGCGAAGAUCGUGCCGUGUGAGUGUGACAGGGCCCAUGGGGCCUGCGGAAUGAGUGUGCGUGGAAGCCCUCCUCUGCUAAAGGGAGGAGCCCAGAGAACAGUGCCACAGCCUGCCCUCUACCAGUGGAUACAGUGGGGCGUGGCUUGCAGCCCUCUGCCCAUUGUGUACUGGGGUCCUGCUCUGGGUAGCUGCUCCAGUCUUUGAUCAGGGUCUCAGCCGUGAGAAUCUUAGAGACUCUACAAACACAACGAGGUUAUAUUUGUAGGGGUGGGGGCCCGAGUCUAUGGAGAAAGAUUGUUUUGAGUCGUGAAUAAGUCUCAGGAUAGCCCAAUCAGAGCCAAGGUUAACUGCUCAGAAUAAUACAGACAUUCAGAUGGAGUCUGUGUUUCCCUCUUCCAGUGCCUUAUGACUUUGACACAUAACCCUGAGGUCAGGGAGGGCUGGCAAGUAUAGCUCCUAUGCCUCAGUUCAUUCUCUAAGGACGAUGCUGCUGGACCAGACCCACUUCUUGUUUGCCAAAGCCAGAGUCUCCCUCAGAUACAUUUGAUGGAAGUGUAUGAAUGUAUGCAAUGCUUUGUGGCCUCAACUGAAUGCCUCCUGUGGGGAAAGGGAUGGGGGUGUGACAGUCAUCAUCAGGGCCUGAUGCCUGAGAGAAUUGGCUGAAUAAAGAUUGACGAAUUUU